AUGAUACUACAAAAACAACUACUACUACUACUUUUCUCUAUAAUUCAUUCAACUAUUGCAAAUGUUGAAACAUUACAUUUUGAAAGUGCUUGUUUACAACAAACAAAUUUAGUACAUUUAAAUCUUCGUUGUUCUCAAUAUGAACAUAUACAAGUUAUACGUGUUAUAUAUGGUUAUACAAAACAACCAUUAUUAGACGAAUGUCAUUUUAGUAUAUAUGAUUGUAUACAAGAAGGUUCAAGUCAUAAUAUUUUAUCAUGCAAUGGUAAACAAACUUGUUUAAUAAAUUUAACAAAAAAUGAAAUGCUUUCAUCAUCAAUAACAACACCUGGUGUACCUAAUUGUCCAGAUUUUAAUUAUAUACAAGUUAAUUUUGGUUGUAUACCUGAUUCAAAAGAUAUUUGUGAUAGUUGGAAAGAUGAAGGAUCAAUUAUUCAUUUAAGUCAUACAUAUUCAAAAGAUCGAACAUAUAAUCGUUGUCAUUGUAAAAUACGUUCAUCAAUGACAAAUGGACAAGUUUUACUUCAUGCACGUGAAAUAAAUCGUGAACAUGAUUUAUAUAAAUCAUUUAUAUAUCCAAAACAAUUAAAUUUAGAUUGUAAACAAACGACAUAUUUAGAAAUAGCAAUAAGUCGUCAUGAAAGAAAAUGUAUAGAUAUGUUACCAACAAAUAAUAUUGCUUUAUUUGGUUCUGGUUCACAUAAUUUUACAUUAGGUUAUGUUAAAAAUGAUCCGUUUUCCGAAUUAUUUUUUUAUUUGGAAUUAAAAGCAAGUCCUAUGAAAAAAGAUCAUAAUGUACAAAUUAUUUGUAAUUGGGCAAGACGUAAAACAACAACAAUAGAACCAGUGACGACAGCAAUACUAAGUUCAACAAUUCCAGUUCGAAAAAAAACAAAAGGAACAACAAUUAGUAUGGAAAGUGGAGUAAAAUCAAGUCGUAUUGAUCUUAUUCGACAUAAACCUAUAAUUCAUAAUGAUGUUGAAGAUACGACUAAUAUUCCAGAUGAAGAAGAAGAAGGGGAAGGAGAAGAGACAGAGGAAGAACCAGUAGAAGUAGAAGAAGAAGAAGAUUUAACAAGUACUAUUCCAGUAAAAUUAUUGAAAACUAAAAGACCAAAAUCUAGAAAAACUACUAAAAUAACAACAACAACAACCACGAUUGAAACAACUGUAGUAACAUUAUCUGAUGAAGAUGAAGAAUGGACACGUAUUUUAGCCAAUGCUAAAAUUGAUUCACAAGUACCUACACAAUUAGUUUCAAUAAAUAAUCGAACAUUUGCUACUGCAGCUCAAGCAUCAAUAAUAACAUCGGAUCAAAAACUUCGUCAUUCAACAUCUAAUAAUCUUCUUAUCAUUCUUCUUGUUAUUAUAUGUCUAACAUUUAUAAUACUUAUUAUCUAUUGUCUUAAAAUUAAACAACCUGGUUGUAUACAACGUUUAAAAACAAAUACAAAUGUUGCAUUUCUAUUUUGUUGUGAAGCUGGUAAACUUUUAUUUCGUUCACCGAAUGAAUCACAUCGUCAAUCACAUACAAUAUCAAAUACACCAACAAGUACAAUAGGAAAUCGUCAUCGUCAUCGUCACCGUCAUAAUCGACCUUCACCACCAUCAAUGCCUGAUUAUCAAUCAAGUGAAUACUAUGUGGAUGAAACAGGAAAUACUUGUCGUACAACACAAAGUAUCUAUGAUGGCGGCGGCGGUAGUGGUCAUGGCGGUGAAAAAUCAAUUUAUAGUAUCGAUUAUGACGAAGAAGAAACAGAAUAUACGACUAAAUAUGAUCGACAUCAUGAAGGCGGCAGUUGUUAA